GUGCUCAGUGACUGGAGGCAGUGAGUCAGAGGGGUGUUGCCCUAGCCUGAGAGACGCAGACAGACGGCCAACACCAGCGACCGAAAUUCUGCUGCUAAAUCUUUUCCACUCAUUCGAUAGUUUAGUUUUACAGACAGCUGCCAUUGUACUCUUGAUUCAGUAAACAUAAGGUAGAAUGGUGUACCACCCCGAGUUUGAGCGCGCUGGGCAGCAGCCUGGUCUGCAGGUGUGGAGGGUGGAGCAGUUUGAAUUGGUGGCUGUCCCUGAGAACCUGUAUGGAGGCUUUUACAACGGAGACGCCUAUGUCAUCCUCAACACCAUCAAGCAGCGGUCCGGGCACCUGCAGUACGACCUGCACUUCUGGCUGGGUGACCACUGCACCCAGGACGAGAGUGGAUCAGCGGCCAUCUUCACUGUGCAGAUGGACGACCACCUCGGUGGGAAACCCAUCCAGUAUCGUGAGGUUCAAGGUCACGAGUCCAAGACUUUCCUCGGCUACUUCAAGAAGGGACUCAAGUACAUGCAAGGAGGAGUGGCAUCUGGAUUCAAACACGUGGUCACCAAUGAGGUUGUUAUGCAGCGUCUGCUCCAGGUCAAAGGUCGCCGCGUUGUCAGGGCAACAGAGGUGCCCGUCAGCUGGGACAGCUUCAACACUGGAGACUGCUUCAUUCUUGACCUGGGCAGCGAGAUUUAUCAGUGGUGUGGCUCCAAGAGUAACCGCUUUGAGAAGCUGAAGGCCACCCAAGUGGCCAAAGGCAUCCGAGACAAUGAGCGCAGCGGACGUGCGCGAGUAUAUGUCUGUGAAGAAGGGGUUGAAAGAGAGAAGAUUAUUGAGGUUUUGGGGGAUAAGCCAGACCUGCCAGAGGGAGUCUCUGACGACAUCAAAGCCGACGCCUCCAACAGGAAGCGAGCCAAGCUGUACAAGGUGUCUGAUGCUAGUGGGGACAUGGCCAUCGCCCUGGUUGCAGCUGAGAACCCGUUUUCCCAAAGUGCUCUGGAGUCCAGCGACUGCUUUAUCCUUGACCAUGGCUCUGAUGGCAAGAUCUUUGUCUGGAAAGGAAAGGAGGCCAACAUGGAUGAGCGCAAAGCCGCCAUGAAGAUGGCAGCUGAUUUCAUCAAGAAGAUGGGCUAUCCCAAGCACACACAAGUGCAGAUCCUCCCAGAGUAUGGCGAGACCCCGCUCUUCAAGCAGUUCUUCAAGAACUGGCGCGACUUGGACCAGACAGAGGGCCUGGGCGUGGCUUACAUCGCCAACUCCAUCGCCAAGAUCGAGAAGGUGCCCUUCGAUGCCGCCACGCUGCACGAGUCCACCGCCAUGGCCGCCCAGCACGGCAUGAUUGACGAUGGCAGCGGAGAGAAGCAGAUCUGGCGCAUUGAGGGCUCAGACAAGGCUCCUGUUGACCCAUCUACUUACGGACAGUUCUAUGGCGGGGAUAGCUAUAUCAUCCUCUACAACUAUCAUCACGGAGGACGCCAAGGACACAUCAUCUACAUAUGGCAGGGAGCAGACUCCUCUCAAGAUGAGAUUGGUGCUUCUGCCAUCUUGGCGGCGCAGCUGGACGAUGAGCUGGGAGGAGGACCUGUGCAGAUUGCUGGUGCUCGUCUCACCUCCCAGGUGCGUGUCGUCCAGGGCAAAGAGCCUGCCCAACUGAUGGGCUUGUUCGGAGGCCAGCCCAUGGUGGUGCACAAGGGGGGCACCUCCAGAGACGGAGGCCAGUCUGCACCUGCAGACACGCGCCUGUUCCAGGUCCGCUCCAACUCGGCCGGACACACACGUGCCGUGGAGGUUGACGCUUCGUCCUCUAAUCUCAACUCUAACGACGCCUUCAUCUUGGCGUGCCCGUCCGGAGCGUUCAUGUGGGUGGGCCAGGGGGCCAGCGAUACGGAGAAGCAGGGAGCCCAGCAGCUCUGCGACAUCCUGGGUGUGUCUGCCUCCGAGCUGCCAGAGGGUGGAGAGAGUGAUGACUUCUGGGGGGCGCUUGGAGGCAAAGCUGACUACCGCACGUCUACCCGACUCAAGGACAAGAUGGAUGCCCAUCCGCCUCGACUCUUCGCCUGCUCCAAUAAGACAGGCAACUUCAUUAUUGAGGAGGUACCUGGAGAGCUGGGACAAGAUGAUCUUGCCACAGAUGAUGUCAUGAUCCUGGACACCUGGGAGCAGGUGUUUGUAUGGAUCGGCAACGAGGCCCAGGAAGAGGAGAAGACGGAGGCCAUGGCUUCCGCUGUCCGCUACAUUGAGACGGACCCUGCCAGCCGAGACCCUCGCACGCCCAUCGUGAAGAUCAAGCAGGGAUUCGAGCCACCCACAUUCGCCGGCUGGUUCCUUGGCUGGGACUAUGACUACUGGACCAGCGACCCCUUGGAGCGUGCCAUGGCUGAAUUGGAACUGUGAACUCUGACCCCCUUGACCUUUUGUACCCUUUUCGCUCCUUUGCCUUCAUCACUCUGAGAUGCAAUCACAGGCACUCCUGAAAAGAAAAAAAACUGCUUUUUCUGCAUGUCGCAAUCACAUUUACAGUAUAAUAUUUGCUCAUUUUUGGAAACAUUUUUUAUUUAUUUAUGGCAAUUUGAAGCAUAUGAGGCUUAGCGAAGGCUUUCUUCAUAGAAGUAAGAUCUUGUCAUUUUUGUCUUGCCAAACCACCACAAACGCUACCAUAUACAGUAACUGUUUUAAGGAUUUAUUACGCAUCGCUGAUUGAUUUGUCAUCUUCCGCAGUUUGUAGAAGUCCACUGUGUGUUUUUUAUACAGUAGUAGGUAAUUUACUAUAUUACCUGUUUUAAAGUAGACUUAAUCAAUUGCAAGGGCUUACUUAGAAAUACCAUUCAGGGUGGUCUUGACAGAUGCUUUUGCAAAAGGCUUAUUCUCACAUGUAGGGUUCUAUGUAGGUAUGCUAUUAUUUUUUUUCUUCAGCCAAUUGGCUGACAAUCAAACCGAAACAGGCUCCUGAAAUCUGAAGGCACGACUAGUUGAAAGAUGAAAUUCAAAAUCUAGUCUGCAAUGGUGGAAGAAUCUGCAACACUGCCAAGUGUCCUUACCAAAUGACUACAGCUGUCUACUGCAAAAUAUUACAAAUUCAGUCCUCAUUCCCUUUUAUACUGACUGACUGUUAAAUCACUGAAGCGACAUUCAAGCAAUAACUGUGAGUGACCACGAGAGGGCCAAGUUUUUCCAUUCCUUCACUGGCGCCUCGGUGGCGGAAGUCCACAAGGCUCUCCAUCUAUUCAUAGCCCUCUCAGAGCCAUAUUGCAAAUGAGGACACUUCAGUCCCCCUCUCUAAUGGGACUUACACAUACAAUUAUGGAGAUUCACUGUCAUAAGCUCCAGAGACAAAUGGGAGUGCUCUUGCACAGUUCUUGUUUGCAAUUGAGUGAACAAGCCCUACAGCCUUAAUUACAUUAGUUGUGCUCUUCAUGCGUCAGGGUUGAUGAAUGGGGCCUUUGGAUGGAAUGGGUUGGGGUCUAGUGUAGAGUGGGUGCUGUAGGAUCCUAGGCUUGAAUGCUGGAGCACUUGCUAGCAGUGGCACUUUAAAUUAGUAUUGCUAUUCUGACGUGAUUAGAUGGAUUAGAUGAGGUGCAGGGAAUAAGGUUAUGGGUGGAGCUGACUCGUUCCAUUGGCUGUAGAGUCCAUCAAGAGGAAAGGGGCUCUCUCCAUUUCAUAAUGCCUACCGUGUGCUUUCACCCAGUCCCCACUCGCAUGAAGAGCAAGUCAAUUCAGCUCAUUUCACUAUGCUGAACUGAGUUUGAGGCCAGAUUGCAUAAGGUGUUGUCGUGGAUGGAGAAGCCAUCAGACGCAGUAUCAUCACACAUCUGGCAACUCCAGUUCGCUCUCUUUCAGGGAAAUUUGAAGCAAGUGGAAGUAUAAAACUGGCGUGAUCUACGAUAAGAUACCCAGCUAAGUGACUAAAUUAUUUUCUCCGGAAUACCACCGGACUCAAAUGGCCUUGUCUGUAGCACAGGCUAGUGAGGGGAUUAACCCUACUUUGCUGCUUUCAUGUUCACAACUUUGAAUCUCAUGUCAACUGCAAUCUGUUCAUUUGAUUUGCCUUACCUUUUUGUUACAACAAAAACCCCUGAUUGAUGCAAAAGAAAAAUAAACACAUUUGUGGUUCAAA